UUUUGAUCUGUUUUUGUUUAUCUCAGAGGGAUUAUGAGUUGAGGAGCAUAGAGAUUGUUUGAAUCCAACUUCUAAAGCCUUUGCUGAGUGAACUUUUUCUGUUUCUUUUUUUUUAAUGUUUAAGGAAAAUAUUUUGGGAACAGCUAAAGCCUGGCCAGCUUGCAGAAUUUCUAAAGUUUUCAGCGAGGGUUGUUUGUUGGGGGAGGAGCUUAAACCUUGCGCCCCUGAAGGCUUGUGUGACACGCUGAGCACCCAAACCCGAGAGAGACAGCGUUUGGCAGAGGGCUCCGGUUCAGACUCUGUGAACGAGCCCGUUCUGGGCUGGACUCCGCCGACGCCAGGGGAGACGAUCCGUCCGUGUCCGGGUCCGUGAAGGAGGGAUGAGGAGGGAGGAGGUGCAGUCCUCCUUUGUGAAGGGACCGCAGGCGCAGGGAGAGUGAGAGAGAGAGAGAGAGAGAGAGAGAGAGAGAGAGAGAGAGAGAGAGAGAGAGCUGCCUGACCAGCUGUGGGGACCCUGCUCAGCGCCUCGUAGUCUCCCGUAGUCGGAUGGUCUGAGAACAUGCUCUGCGGGCUCAGGAAGGAGGUGAAGACCUUCGGUAAGCGUGACGGGGACGGGGAUUCCUGCGGCCGAUCUCACGAUGACGGCCCUUACUCUAAAGGGAGCAAGGACUCCACAGGGACCGACAGUUCUCUGGCCUGUCGGAGACAGAGUAUCCCAGAAGAGUUUCGGGGGGUGACGGUAGUGGAGCUGAUUAAGAAGGAGGGCAGCACCCUGGGCCUCACCAUCUCCGGGGGCACGGACAAGGACGGGAAGCCCAGAGUGUCCAACCUGCGGCCCGGCGGACUGGCUGCCAGGAGUGACCAGCUGAACGUGGGGGACUACAUCAAGUCUGUCAACGGCAUCAACCUGACCAAGCUGCGGCACGAUGAGAUCAUCAGCCUGCUGAAGAACGUGGGGGAGCGGGUGGUGCUGGAGGUGGAGUACGAGCUUCCUCCUUCAGCACCAGACAGUACCUCAGGUGUUAUUUCCAAGACAAUCGAGAUAUGUUUGCACAAGGAAGGCAACAGUUUUGGCUUUGUCAUGCGAGGGGGGUCUCAUGAAGACUGGCACAAGUCGCGCCCCCUAGUGGUGACAUAUGUGCGACCAGGAGGCCCUGCUGACAGAGAGGGCACUCUGAAAGUGGGUGACCGUCUCCUGAGUGUGGACGGGGUGCCCCUGCACAGCGCUAGCCAUGCCGAUGCCCUGACCGUGCUCACCCAGUGCGGCCAGGAGGCCCUGUUCCAGAUCGAGUACGACGUGUCCAUCAUGGAUACGGUGACGAACGCCUCCGGCCCCCUGCUGGUGGAAAUCGCCAAGUCUCCCGGGACGGCCCUGGGCAUCACGCUGGCGACCGCCACGCACAGGAACAAGCAGGUCAUCGUCAUCGACAAGAUCAAAGCCGCCAGCGUCGUGGACAGAUGCGGGGCGCUGCACGUGGGGGACCACAUCCUGUCCAUCGACGGGACGAGCACGGAGCACUGCACCCUGCUGGAGGCCACUCAACUGCUGGCCAGCACGGCGGACCAGGCCAAGCUGGAGAUCCUGCCCGCCCACCACAGCCGGCUGCCCAGCAAGCUGCAGGACACAGUGAAAGUGCAAAAGAGUGACCAUCCACAUUCUUGGGACCCCUGUGUCAAUUACUGCCAUACCCAGCACCCGAGCCACUGCAAGACGCCAACAUGGACGUCCUCCAGUAACCCCAUAAACAGCCAAGACUACUGCAAAUCCCUGGUCUCCGCCAGCUUCUCGCCCGGGUCCACCGCCACAUCGGGCUUCGCCAGCCAGAACUCCUCCACCCUGCCGCGUGCCGCCCAUCCCAUGAGCCCCCGUAACUCCAUGCUGAAGAGGAGGCAGAGGAAGAAAGAGCACAAGAGCUCGCUGUCGUUGGCGUCUAGUUCUGUGGGGCCUGGUGGGCAGAUUGUGCACACGGAGACCAGCGAGAUCACCCUGAGGGGUGACCCCCUCAACGGGUUCGGGGUCCAGCUCCAAGGGGGCAUCUUCGCCACGGAAACGCUCUCGGCCCCCCCGGUCAUCCGCUUCAUUGAGCCGGACAGUCCCGCUGAGAGGUGCGGAUUGCUCCAGGUGGGAGACAGGCUCCUGUCAAUCAACAGCAUUCCCACAGAGGACGGAACACUGGAGGAGGCCAAUCAGCUGCUCCGAGACGCCGCUCUGACCAAUAAAGUCACUCUGGAGAUUGAAUUUGAUGUGGCAGAGUCGGUGGUUCCCAGCAGUGGAACGUUCCACGUGAAGCUUCCCAAGAAGAAAGGAGUGGAGCUGGGCAUCACCAUUAGCGCAAGCAAGAAGCCAGAUGAACCGCUGAUCAUCUCUGACAUCAAGAAGGGAAGCAUGGCACACAGAACUGGCACACUUGAGCCAGGAGAUAAGCUGCUGGCCAUAGAUAACAUCCGGCUGGAGAACUGCUCCAUGGAGGACGCGGUGCAGAUCCUGCAGCAGAGCGAAGACCUGGUCAAGCUCAAGAUCCGCAAGGACGAGGACAACUCCGAUGAACAGGAGACCUCAGGCUCCAUAAUCUACACGGUGGAGCUGAAGAGGUAUGGCGGACCACUGGGCAUAACCAUCUCCGGCACCGAGGAGCCCUUCGACCCCAUCAUCAUCUCCGGCCUCACCAAGAGAGGCCUGGCUGAACGGACAGGGGCUAUCCACAUAGGGGACCGCAUCCUGGCCAUCAACAGUGUGAGCCUGAAGGGCAAGCCCCUGAGCGAAGCCAUCCACCUUCUGCAGGUUGCCGGGGAGACCGUCACCCUCAAGAUCAAGAAGCAAGUGGACACCAACCUACCGGUGGAGAAGAAGAAAUCGGGGCUGGAGAAUGACCUGAGCGAUGAUGAGGACGAGAUGACGGACUCGCAGAAGACCAGCAAGCUGUCGGAGAUCUACUCGGCCACCAUCCCCAGCGUGGACUCCGCCAUGGAGUCCUGGGAUGGAUCGGGCACCGACGCGGGCUACGGGACGCAAGGGACGUACGUCCAGCAGGCGGCGGGAAUCGCUUUGCAUCCCCACGAGUGGCGCAGCGCCAAGCAGAGGAACAGCACGCCCCCUCCAGGCCGUCGCAAGAACUACCCCUUCAGUGACGGCGGCUUCAGCGAAGACGACUGGGACAAGCCUCCUGGAUAUGCUAGCCAUCCGCACAACAACGGCCUGGUCCUGGGCCAGGAGGACAGCUUCUGGUGCCAGGCCCUGGAGGAUCUAGAGACCUGCGGCCAGUCGGAGCUGCUCAGGGAGAUCGAGGCAUCCAUUAUGACCGGCAGUGCCCUCAGUCUGGGUAUGGAGGGGCCCAAGGCCCACCCUGACGCCGGGGUCCAGGCCCGGACCAGCCCUGGGCGGAGGGCCUCCCACCCCCACAGCGAGGCCAAGGGCAGGGGUACUCUGCGCAUGUCCGAAAAAACGUGGGAGUCGCGCCGGAUCAAGGAGGAGAUGCAGGAGAUCCUGUCCCCCACUCCUCUGGAGCUGCACAAGGUGACGGUGAUGAAGGAUCCGGAGAGCGACGACUUUGGCUUCAGCGUUUCGGACGGCUUCCUGGAGAAGGGCGUUUACGUCAACAUGAUCCGGCCAGAGGGCCCGGCGGAGCGGGCGGGGCUGAAGCCCUACGACAGGAUUCUGCAGGUGAACCACGUCCGGACCCGGGAUUUCGACUGCUGCCUGGCUGUGCCCCUUAUCACAGAAGCUGGGGACAAGCUGGAGCUGGUAAUCAGCAGAAACCCCCUGGCGCAGGCAUCUUCGGGACAGCCUCGGGACUGCCAGGACCCCUCAGCCACACUGCCCAACAAGACCAAUACUAUGGAUCUGUAACCACGGCAAAGGAUCCACCAAUCACAGUGACCAGAACUCACUGCACUGAAAACAGUAUAUCACCAGAACAACUCAUACAUCCUGUCUUGCAAAUCUUUGGCAAGAACAUCCUGUUUUCAAAGUGCUUUUUUAAAAACUUUUUACUUAUUACUUUUUAAUGUUGUUUUUGUGUGUCUCCUCUCGCCAGUGUCAAAACACCUUUUGAAAACAGUAAGACCGAGAAAACAUUGGACAAACUUGCUGGAAUCGUUGUAUUCUUCUGAGCCACUGGUAGCAAACUUAGCGACAGUAGGAACGGGGGGAAGGCCGUUAAAACGGGAGGAUGCCCCCUGCUGUUCAGAGAGGAGGCCGGGGCCAGAGUAACAGAGCUGCUGUCUGUCCCUCGAGUGCAGACUUUGAGUCCCUUUUGGGAUCGAAGGCCAUCCAUGGGAGCCAUUGUGACGUUGUAGUUUUUUAUAGCACGCUCUUUUUCCAAUGUGUGUGAUUCUCUUUCUGAUUGGACCAUUUGAAUUACACAAGCAACUUAUUUUGUGGCUAAAAGGUACUUGAAGACGUGGAUUGAGGAAUGGCUUACACACAUUUGCGCAGUGUUUUAAUUAUGACGAUGAGCACAUCUCUUUUUUUAUAUUUUGUUUAAGUACAUUUAUUUAAGUACCUUUCCUUAAAUACAGAAGGCCGCCCCCCUGGCUCGGGCCACCUUUGUCCCGUUCUGACGCGAUGGGGUCUGCUGAGGCUCAGGACACAUUGUGUCCUUUCCAAAUGAAUGCAGGCCGGCACUCGUUACUGCUGCCAAGUAUUGCAAGCGCUUCCCGGCUCUAUUUUAGCGUGGCCUCGCCGACGCUGGCGAGCGCCCGUAAUACCUGCGCAUGCCACACAAGCUCACCCACGUGCAGCUCCAGCACAGCUGUUCUCAGGUCACUCUGAGGGGAACUGAUAAAAAAAAACACUUUACCCUGCCCUCACAAAUGGGCAUCAAAGGAUGGUCAUAAUAAUAAUAAUAAUAAUAAUAAUAAUAAUAAUAAUAAUAAUAAUAAUACAUUGUUAUUAUUAUCUGCUAAGCAAUUAUUUGAUUCCAAAAUGUAAAUCACCUAUGGUGAUUUUUAUGGCAUCUUUUAUGGCAAAAGGGUUGUCAAUGUCAAGGUUAUAUACAAAUAUAUAGCCUAACCUAAUGCUAUAUAUGUUAUGCUAUGUAUAGAAUAACAUAAUGCUAUAUUUAGCAGAACAUAGUGGUAUAUACUGUAUGCUAUGCUACAUAUGCAUAACGUAAUGCAGAGAACAUGCCAUUCAGCUUCACAAUGCUCACAAUUUUCCUACCACUAAAGUGUACCUAGUGCUCGGUUUAUCUACCAACUAGACAGUAUCUAGCACCAUAUCAAGCUGGCAAGCUGUUCCACACAGUGACAAAACUCUGUGUGAAAAAAAACUUCCUAAUGUCUGCAUGGAAUUUACCUUUUGCUAAUUUCCAUGUAUGCCCCCUCAUUCUACUAACAGAACUCAACCUGAAGA